AUGGGAAAAAUUAUAAUCGAAUACCUUGAAGGCAAGAAAAUUUAUGCUUGUAAGAACUGCAAUGUUCAUCUUUCCAGCCAAGACUACUUGACUUCUAAAGUAAUUCCUUGAGUUAAGUUAUAGCAAUUCACAGGAAAGUCUGGAACCGCAUUUCUCUUCGAAAAAGGGUAAGAGUAACAAUAAUAAAAGUGUGAACUAUCUGACAGGCAUACCAGAAGAUAAAAGGCUAAGAACUGGAUUGCAUACCACUCAAGACAUCAUGUGCAUCAAAUGUCAAACAUAUCUCGGAUGGAAAUAUGUAAUGCCAUGAAUUACAAUAUUAAAGCUGCAUGCUUAUGAGUAAUCUGAGAAGUACAAGGAAGGCAAAAUCAUUUUAGAAAAACUGUUCUUGACCAAAAUCAAGUGGAAUUGA